UGUGGGGGUCCCGGUCAGGUUUCACAUGCUACAAAUAUCCCUCACUAGCUGUUACACUGCCGGGUCUUUGGCAGCAAGCGCAGCCUGCACACGCGGAACGAGGGACAAGACCUUCACUGCAGAAAUGAGUCAAGUUUUGGACAUUGAGCGCUGUGAUCUGAACUUUAACAGCAACAGCAACAGCCAUCACACAGAGCUAUAUGGAGAGGAACGUCUGAUUGUCAGGAGGGGACAGCCCUUUGAGAUUAUCUUACACCUGUCAUCUGGCAGCAGUGACAAAGUGGAUGAAAGCAGCUUCACAUUCAUCGUUGAAACGGGUCCAUUACCCAGAAAGGAAUCUGACACAAAGGUUUCCUUUAGUCCUCAAAGCUCCACAGUGGACACUGAGUGGAGCGCUUCUGUCACUAAUGUUUUCCCUGGACACACAAUUACCGUGUCCAUCAGUUCCUCUCCUAAUGCCCCCAUUGGGGUAUAUUCUCUGACUUUGGACCAGCAGGGACAAAAGACCAGUUUAGGGCAGUUCAUCCUGCUUUUCAAUGCUUGGUGCUCCAAGGAUGCUGUUUACAUGAGGAGCAAGGAAAAGAGACAGGAAUACGUUCUAGCACAACAGGGUCAGAUCUACAAAGGAUCAUCUAAACGAAUCAAAGGGAAACCCUGGAACUUUGGACAGUUUAGUUCAGGAAUACUGGAUAUCUGUUUCAAAAUUCUGGAUGACAACCCCAAAUUUGUGUCUGAUGCUGAUGCGGAUGUCUCUGGCAGGAGAAAUCCCAUCUACGUGACCAGGGUGCUGAGUGCUAUGAUCAAUGACUGCAAUGACCGAGGUGUGUUGGUUGGAAACUGGAGUGGUGAUUUUUCGGAUGGGGCUCAUCCUGGAACGUGGCUCGGCAGUGCGAACAUCCUGCGGCAGUGGGCCGAAAGUGGUCCGGUCCGCUACGGACAGUGUUGGGUUUUUGCUGCAGUUGCAUGCACAGUGUCCCGUGCUCUGGGCAUCCCGUGUCGAGUGGUUACUAACUUUGGAUCAGCACAUGAUACUGACGCCAACCUGGUGAUAGAGAAGCUGUAUGAUGAAAAUGGUGAGAGGUUACAUAGCGGGGAUUCAGUAUGGAACUUCCAUGUUUGGGUGGAUAGCUGGAUGACUCGUCCAGACUUGGGGGACGAAUAUGAUGGAUGGCAGACCAGUGACCCAACCCCACAAGAGACAAGUGACGGUGUUUUCUGCUGUGGUCCAGCCUCAGUGAAGGCCAUCAGGGAAGGAGAGUUGACCCUGAAAUAUGACGCACCUUUCAUUUUUGCUGAGGUUAAUGCAGAUGUCGCGGAGUUGGUGCGUCUGUCGAACGGAGAGUUUGUGCAGUUUGAUGGAUCAACUAAAUCUGUUGGAUGUUUUAUCAGCACCAAAGCUGUUGGCUUAAAUGAAAGACAUGACAUCACACACCAGUACAAGUAUCGAGAAGGGUCUGAGGAGGAGAGACGGGUGUAUGAGAAAGCCAAGCACCACAACAAACUAGAGAAAAGAGGGGAAAAGCCAGGGCUUCAUCUCAAGAUCAAACUGGCUGAAAACAUGAUCGUGGGUUCAACCUUCGAGGUGUUCGCUGUCCUCACCAACAACUGCAUGGACGUGAGAUCCUGCACCUUUCUCUUCUUUGCCACAGCGGUGGGCUACAACGGAAAACUAGGAGACAGAUGUGGAUUUUCAUCAGACAGGGUGGAGGUGCCAUCUGGAGAAGAAAGGCGUCUUUCCCUUCAAUUAGACUAUGACAGUUAUGGACCAGUUAUCACCUCUGACGGACUUAUUCAGCUGUCAGCCAUUUCCAUCGACAAGCAGACCAUAGAGUACUGUAAAGUCGAGAAGACUAUUGUGUUAGACGAACCGGAUAUAGAGAUCAAGCUGGAGGGGGAAGCAGCAGUUAACCAGCCCAUGACAGUAGAGCUGACCAUGCUAAACUCCUUACCAGAACCGCUGCAGGACUGCAGCUUCACCAUAGAGGUUACUGACGUCACAGAUGGCAAACCCAUAACAGAAAAAGUUGGAACUGUGGGCGCCAAAGAAGAAGUCAAGGCGAGCAUCACAUUCAUACCUACCACUGCUGGCCCUGGUGCUCUCUUUGUGAACUUUGAUAGUGACAAACUCAACAACAUCAAGAGCUUCAUGGACUUUAUCGUGAAACAAUGAUCCAACAAAGACGGUAAUAACACUAACAACAUUUUGCUUUGAGCAGCGUAGAU